AUGGCCCCCCAAAAACCAUCCGCCACCGCCCUCCGCCACGCCCGCAUCACAAACUCCAUCCACCCCCUCGCCCCCCAAAAGACCUUCCGCCAAAACGCCUCCACAACAGACUCCUUCCUCUCCUCCAAGCGCGACAAGCGCACCAUCAAGCACUCCUCCUUCGUCUCCCGCAUCUCCUCCUCCUCACGCAUCUCCAAAUCCUCAAAGCCCCGCCGGGGCCGCGGCGCAAAGAAGUCCGCAACACUCAACUCCCUCGACAGCCUCGCCGAUGCGCUGCCCGAACUCGCCGACGGAGAGGGCGCCGCCGAGAUUCUAGAUGGAAAGAUUAAGCACCAGAGCUUGCGCAGCAAAAAGGGCGCGCUGAAGAGGAAGGAGAGGCUGUUGAAGGGCGAGAUGGCGAGGUUUGGCGUGAGCAUGGCGCAGUUGUCGCAUUUGCCUGCGCAGACGCAGAGUGCGGUUCCAGAGGCUGAGAAGCCUUCGGUGGCUUCUUUGCCGGUAUCUAGUGCUCCGACGUCAGCUUCGGCGGCGUCGAAUAGAUGGGCUGCGCUGAGGGGAUACAUUUCUGCUACGAUGGAGCAAAACCCGGCGUUUGUGAACAAGGAGUAG